AUGAAUAUAUUCCGCUUGCUCGCCGAUUUAUCCCAUCUAUUAGCUAUUAUAAUAUUAUUAAUUAAAAUAUGGAAAACUAGAUCAUGUGCAGGAAUAUCGGGAAAGUCGCAAAUACUUUUUGCUAUAGUGUAUACGACGCGAUAUUUAGAUUUAUUGACAACGUACGUGUCUGCCUAUAACUCUGUUAUGAAAAUUGUUUUCAUCGUGGCCUCUUACGCUACAGUAUACUUGAUGUAUGUGAAAUUUAAAGCUACCUACGAUCAUAACCACGACACAUUCCGCAUUGAAUUUUUACUGAUUCCAUCUGCUAUACUUGCAUUGUUGAUUAAUCGCGAGUUUACAGUUCUUGAGGUUUUAUGGACUUUUUCAAUUUACCUGGAAUCGGUUGCAAUCCUACCACAACUAUUUUUGGUUUCCAAGACUGGUGAAGCUGAAAGUAUCACCUCCCAUUACCUGUUUGCUCUUGGAUCAUACAGAGGUCUUUACCUUCUUAAUUGGAUUUAUCGUUACAUUGUUGAGGACCAUUACGAACUGAUUGCUAUAGUAGCAGGUGUCAUACAGACAGUUUUGUAUUGUGAUUUCUUCUAUCUAUAUAUAACAAAAGUGUUAAAAGGAAAGAAGCUCCAACUUCCAGCCUAA